CCUUGUAAAAUCUGCGGCGAAAGAUCUAGCGGAUUUCAUUAUGGAGUUAACACGUGUGAGGCUUGCAAGGGGUUUUUCCGGCCACAAGCAACAUCAUUAGCAUCGUACAGAUGUAUCAACGGUGGUAAGUGUCAGAUGACGGCCGAGAAACGCGGCUUGUGUGGCGCUUGUCGCUACAAGAAGUGCCUUGCAGUCGGUAUG